AUGGGGCCCACUUGCCGCGGAGGCGGCGGGGGCGGCAGUAGCGUCCCCGUGUCGGCCGUCGUUGGCGCCGACCCCGCUUUUGACCCGAGCACCCUUCGAGAGGAUGAGUUCGAGAAGCACGUGGUGUACAUCGUGCCUGACGUCGCCACGGAGCCGGGCUGCCCCAACCGCGCGCAGGAGUCGCUGCCCCGCAACCUGGUGCUGCGACCCAGCCAGGCGCUCAGCGAUGUACAAGGUGUUUGGAGUACUGGGUACAUACCACCAGGAACCAGAUUUGGUCCUCUUGUUGGAGAAGUUUAUGCCAAGGAUGCUGUUCCCAGCACUGCCAACAGAAAAUAUUUCUGGAGGGUGCAAAUUAAAGAAGAACUGGGACACUGGCCUAAGGUCUACAAGGACAAUGAAUUAUAUUAUUAUAUGGAUGGUUAUGAUGUCAGCAAGUCCAACUGGAUGCGAUUUGUAAACCCAGCAUAUUCAUCAGAGUCUCAAAAUCUGAUUGCCUGCCAGUACAAGAUGAAUAUCUAUUUUUACACAAUCAAGCCAAUCCUACCCAACCAAGAGCUGUUAGUGUGGUACUGUCGAGAGUUUGCAGAAAGGCUUAAUUACCCACUCACUGGGGAGCUCAUGUUGCAGAGAAUACGACAGCAGGUUAAUGGUGUGGCACCUCCAGCCUCACUGCCUGAGGUAUCAACAACAGCUGCAGCCAGCCCAACGCGGCCUCCCAGUAAGGAUGCUGGAGCACCAUAUGAACCAAGAACCACACAGUUCACUCCUACAGCAGAUGGUUCUGUGCGUUCUGAUGAGGGCUACCACAGCAACGAAUACCAUGAUGAUGCCUUCACACCACCUGAGGACAGCAGUGAUUCAGACAGUGAUAAUUAUGUCCUCGAUUUCAGUAAGAAAUCAUCCCAAAAAGAGACAAGUGUUGUUGUUGAACCACCAGAUGUUCAGAAAAAUGAAUACCGGAAAGUAAAAAUCAAGAUAACAAAAGCCUACCAUUACAAAAGUGCAAAGAAUGAAGCAGUACCAGAAACAACUGUUGUCGCAGACCAUGAGAAGGAGAGGUUAUCGCCUGUCGCUACAGUUCAUGCACCACCAGCACCAGUAGCGGUGCCCAAAUCUGAAGUACUAGAUGCACCACCCACCAGUACCACAUCUGUCAUUGUCAAUGAGUCAUCACUGAAAAAACCAUUUUAUGAGCCAGAUGUCGUACGUGAGCCUACACCACCAAAUCGCCAUCGUGUAAGUCCUCUCGGAGGCACGAGCAUUCUCGAAAACAUACUGCUGCGUAACAGGCCAAAUGCAGGUCAGCAAGCAGAAGUCAGUGAGAGAAGUAAUAAUAAUGAUGGUGGAAGCAAUCCACCACAUGCCACACCACCACCACCAUCUUCACCGACAGAGAUGGCAUAUUCUUACAAGAAGUCACAUCGCUACGGACCACUUCCGUGCAGUCCAGACUCUAGUUCUGGUGCAGGUCACAUCAUCCCACAGCAGCCCCCACCACCACCUCUACCCUUAUCACCGGUUCACCAGCCACACAUGAUCCACCACCCCGUACCGAGACAUCGAUCACCACGUACGCCAACCCCGCCUCCUCCACCUCCACCGCCUAUGUUAUACAGCCACCCUCAACCCAUUGCUGUACCUCCUCACCAUCUUGAUGUCUCAUAUUUACCUUCUACAGCUGGUCCAGCAACUAUGUUCAAUACCCAUCAGCCUCCAUAUCCUUACGGUUUGUAUGCCACUCCAGCCCCUCCACCACAACAAAAUGGGCACCAUCCUCAUCAUCCACCACCUCACUUACCAACUCCUUCUUACUCGCCACCUCAUCUACUACAUCCACCUACUGUUGUUAUGCACCACCCCAAUACGAGCAGUCAUCAGAUGCUAACUCCCCUUCAACCAUCUCCUCCUUCUUCAUUGUCACCAGAUGGCAGUGCGGGAGUAACACGGAGUAACAGCCCCCACAGCCCAAACAACAACACUGCUACAGGAAAUGGGCGUGGAUAUCGGUCUCUCCCUUACCCACUGAAGAAAAAAGAUGGAAAGAUGCACUAUGAGUGCAAUGUGUGCUGCAAGACCUUCGGUCAGCUGUCAAACCUCAAGGUGCACCUGAGGACACAUUCCGGGGAGAGACCAUUCAAAUGCAAUGUUUGCACAAAAAGCUUCACACAACUUGCACACCUGCAGAAACAUCAUCUAGUCCACACAGGAGAGAAGCCUCAUCAAUGUGAAAUUUGCCAGAAGAGGUUCAGUUCCACAUCAAACCUAAAAACUCACUUGAGACUACACUCUGGUCAAAAACCUUAUGCCUGUGACUUGUGCCCUGCUAAGUUCACACAAUUUGUGCAUCUAAAAUUACACAAGAGACUGCACACUAACGAACGGCCCUAUACAUGCCAGGGUUGUUCCAAGAAGUACAUCAGUGCUUCUGGUUUAAGGACACAUUGGAAAACCACAAGCUGCAGGCCAAACAACAUUGAGGAAGAGCUGGCAUUAGCAGCUGCAGCAGCUGCCGGAUCCCCCCCAGGAUAUUUUGAAUACAAUAGUAUGGAUGUCAAUAUGGGAAGUCUUGAAAGAGAGAUGCCAGAGAUGGACUCAAAAGACUCUUUCACCAGCCAACAAUCCCAGCACUGCAUUGCGACUGCCAACUUGGGAUCACAGGAGCCACCUAGGCCAAGUGUGAUAGAAUCUUCACAGCCACAUGUUAUUGAAUGCACUUAAUGUGGAAUUGUUAGUGUUGAAUACAGAAAAAUGACUCAUGUGAUGCAGCCAGUGUUAACUGAACCAACACAUUAGAUGUACCUCCAUUUUUCUGUGGUGAUGUUCUUAGUUACAUUUUUAAAAGUUCUGGAUGUUUGCUUCCCAUGAUUAGAUGUUAUGUGGUAGAACAUUCUUUGAGUGUAUAGUUCAUAUCUUGUAGUGAGAGAUAUCAUUUGUAAAACUGUGAUUGUGGACAUAAGAUCACAAAAUGCAGACAUCUGUUUAUAAGGGUCAUUACAAGAAUGGAUGAUAUUAGCAUGUGGUGUCAGUGCAAUGACUGACUCAGUUUCAGUCUAGCGAAACUGGGGACUAUUAUCUCUCUGCAUUCGUGUUUCACCACCAAAGCUCCUCAGAUUUUGCUUAAGUAUCAGUAGGAUGGUGUUUAGAUGCUAUGAAGUAAUUUUUCUUGAUGCACUAAGAAAGCAGGCUGUAGGAUUAGGAAUAAAUGUUCCUGCAGAGGUUCUGUUGUAAAUUUGUAUCUAUUUGUAAAAUAUUUCUGUUGCACAAACUAUAUGUUAUCACACAUGUGUCUCCACUCUUUUCCUCUUCAGCUAUUGAUCUUAAGAAAAGGAAGAAGUGAAAACUUCUCUCCUCAGAUAAUACUGUAAAUAUUCAGAGUAUUUAAUAUAUUUAUAUCAAGCUUGUCCAAUGUAUGUUUCUGGGAAACAUGUCAUUGCACAUGUUUUGCUCUCAUUUUAUUGUAAUUGAUGUGAUGAAUGUUCUAAGUACAGUAAUGACUUUUGAAGCAGUUAUUGGUGCCAGAUAAAACUGAUACUACAUAUAGGGGUGUAAUGCCGAUAUGCACAAUAGUUAUUUCUCUGAUCUUUAGUUUUAAAGCCAUAUAGAUAUAUGUAGCUGAGUAAUAUCCUGCUAUGUAGCUGCAGUUACUCUCUUAAAAGUAUCGACAUGUAGACAGAGGGAUAUUUAUUGUGUGAAGUAAGGCAGUUCUGUGGAAAAGUGAAACAACUGUUACACUUCUUCCAAUUUAAUUAAGUUUGGUGAAACGAUAUUCCAAAUAGAUGCUGUUAAAUGUACUUACACUCCUUAGAGCAGAUAUUCCACUGCCCAUAGAUAAGUAAAAGUUAUGAGAUACCACUGUCAAAGAGCAUAAAAGAAUCACGUGCAUAUAUGUGGAUCAAUGAGGGAACAGUUAUAAGAGGUCAUUUUGUCAUGUGUCCUGAGAAUCAGGACUGUAAAGCAUUAUACAAGUGAAGUGCUGAAUUCAUCUAGAAGUACUCCACAUCUGAGGUGAAUAUAAACUGAAAAACUGAUAUGAGGACAAAAGCCCACCGACAACUAAUUCAGAAAAAUGUUAGAAAAAAAGAAGAAAAUAUUCAAAGCUAUCUUUUAAUACUAGGGUUAAUGACAGCAUUUCCAGUUCAAAGCGUGUGUUUAGAAACAUAACUGCAAUAUUUGCUCAUUUGUCUUAAAGGGGUUGCAUCAACACUUGUUUCCUGUGCAAGUAGACAGAGUGAUUAAUUGUUAAAUGUCCUGCCAUCAAAGAGUUUAUUUAAUGGUAUAUAUUAGUCAUAUGUAAUGUAUAUUUAUUUUAUUUAUUUUUAAGUUAAACCCAAAGUUUGUUUCUCAUGGAAACAUGUAUUUAAUGAGUUGCUUUUGUUUCUCCAUCCAAACAGAGAUGGAACUUUUUUAAAUAGAUGGCUCCUCUUUAUGAAUUAAAAGCCUUUAUUUAGUAUGUACCAUGUACACCAACAUUAAAUUUUUAACUGCUGUGGAUGGUAUAUUUAUUCAAGGAAGUAUACAGCCUGGAAGCGGUGUUCCUAGAGCAAAACAGAGAAUGAUCUCAUUAAAGUUAUUGAUCACAUAGAUCUAAUCCAAGAAUUUUUUGGAAAAAAUGCUUUUCUACAAGACAAGUACUUCUGUUAAAGUACUGUGUGAAAACAGCUAUAUAAUGAUAUAAUAUUUUAUUAAGAUAAACAUUUGAAAAAUAAUGUAUUUGCAUCACUUAAGCCCACUGAAAUAAAUUUGAAAGUCUUUUCAGUUAAAUUCAUAGAACAUUUAUUUGUAAGUCACAAUUUUGUGCAUUUAUUUACAUGUACACACUUAACAUGUUUGUUAAGUGACUCAAUUCUGUGUGAUUAGCUCAUACUUUUAACUUGACUAAAAUGCACUUUGUGCCUUCAACCAAUUAUUUUAUCAUCAUGUGAAUAUUUAUUAUUGUUAUGAGCUUGAUUACCCAGAAACUGAAAUUUAUUUUAAAAUUUUGCUGUCCAUUUCUGUAGGCUUAUGCAUCAGUAUGCUGCUGUAUUUGCCUUUUCAAUUUUAAUGAGUAUAUUGUCCUGCCAGCAAAUUGUACAUAUUAGCUAAAUAUUUAUUUCAGAAAAUGUGUGCAUCAUAUCCCAUUCCCCAUAUUUAGAUAUAUUUCUCAUGGUCUUUAGUGUGUGUGUGUGUGUGUGUGUGUGUGUGUGUGUGUGUGUGUGUGUGUGUGUGUGUGUGAUGCACACAGAUGUGCAUGCACAUGUUUGCAGUGAUGGCUUUGUGUAAUUUAUUAAUGCUGUGUGUUGUUGAUGAAUGUCUACAAGUUUUUGAAAAUAUUGCUACACAUUUUUUUACAUUUUAGAAGUCUGGCCAAGCUAAAAGUGUGAAACAUUUCCUACUUGUAUGCCAGUUCUUACCAUCAAGUGCAUACAUUAAGUAUUACAUGUAAUUCACAAUAAUGUAAGUAAAGAUUGUAUUGGUAAUGUUGACAAAUUUGCUCAAUAUUACUUAUGUAUAUAGUAAAAAUGAAGCUGUGAAUAUAUUCAUAUAAUUUUAAAUAUGUAAUUAAUUUGAAGAAAUUUAUACUCUACUGGUGAAGUAUAUAUUAUUAUGAGAGUGAACUAUUGUACACAUGUUUCAUAUUUAGACUUGUGCAUCAUUUUGUGAGUAGUCAGACUUGUAAAAUGUAUUCUGAGACUUGGCACCAUAAUGGUAUUUCUUCACUGUCAUCUUGUAAAUGUCUCAUUACUAUGGUAGUAUUAUUUAUUUUGUUAAUUUAAAAGUAAAUGAAAAAGGUGAAAUCACCUUCUCUGUAAACAAAUACAGAGUUCCAUGACUGAGAACCAUACUGUUUAAGAAAAUAAAUUGUUUAUAAUAACUUGAAA